UAUUCAUAUUACUCAUUUACAUCUUCUAGCAUUGGCUCACAAAGAAAGCUUUUAUUUAUUUUGAUAUAUCUCAUCAACAUGGUGAAGAAGGAAUUAGGAAAUGAUGACAAUCAUUCGACGUCAGUCCCAACAAGUAAAAAGAAAUACAAGGGAGUUAGAAUGAGAAGUUGGGGCUCAUGGGUUUCUGAAAUUAGAGCUCCAAACCAAAAGACAAGAAUAUGGUUAGGUUCAUAUUCUACAGCCGAGGCCGCCGCAAGAGCUUACGACGCCGCCCUCUUGUGCCUUAAAGGCUCCUCCGCCAAUCUCAACUUUCCAAUCUCUUCAUCUUCCUUUGCUCAUUUUCACAAUUUUCUUGAUGAUAAUAAUGUCAUGUCUCCUAAGUCCAUCCAAAGAUUUGCUGCCGAAGCUGCUGCCAACACUGCGUUUUUUGAUGGCAUUGUUGAAAGUAACAUGGCGGGAUCUAGCGAUGUCCCACCGUUGUCGCCAUUGCUUUCCUCCUCCUCUUCUUCUUCUUCGUCUUUCUCGUCAACUUCGAACAGUGAUUCGUUUACGAUGUCGGACCCGUCGUGGUUCAACUUUGAUGACAUACUUUCUCCUAAGUAUGUUGGGCAAAUGAUGGAUUGGACUCUAUUUGAUCCACCCGUUAUGGAUGAUUUUUAUGAGGAAAGUGACAUACGUCUCUGGAGCUUCUGUUGAAAGAAAAAAAUGAAUCUUUUAUUUUGUUUAUUUAUUUUGUUUACUUUUUUUUUCUUUUUUUUUUGCAUAUUCAUUCUUUAUGGUUCCUCAUGUUGUUUCACAGAACUACUGACAAAAGUAAAAAUUUACAUAAUAAUACACAAAUAUAGGUUACAGCCACAGAUCAUUUUUCUGGGUUGGUUGAUCUCUUUUGUUGGAUUAUUGAACAUUGUUGUUCUAUUCCCUCAAAUAUUUGUAUCUAAUUUGAAACCUAAACUUUUUAAAUCAUUUAAUAAAUUCUUUAAACUUU